AUUUGCGCAGACAAAAUGAAAACCCGACUCGUGUCAUUGAAUUAUCGCGGCAGUGCAUCCGUCGAUCCGCGCUACUCCGCAACAAUGCUGCCCUGGACUAUCAACGACAUCAGAUCAACUGAAAGCUAUACAAAGCUGUCUGUGGGCAUUGAGCACGGCAUACUGGAGUCUUACAACUCGGACUUUGAGCUACAAUUUAGCCAUCCGUUGAAGCAUAUUGUGGGCAUGUGCCGCAUCAUACACAAACCGCAGGCGAAGAGCAUUGGCAACGGCUUCAUGCAACUGAAAUCAGCAACAAAUACACUUCAGUCAUCCAUCGCUGCUGCUGCUGCUGGCCCCUCAGCUGGUGCAGCUGCUGGCGUACAAGCUCCGGCCACACUAACCGCAAAUGGCACGCGUCAAACGCUGACCACAUCCACAUCCUAUGGUUCGCUCUCGUCCAGCGCAGCUGCCGCUUAUCAGCUACAGCAGCAGCAACACCAACAAGCCGCUGUCGAUGCGGAGCAGCCGCAAAACUUUAUGGAAUUCCAAGGUCCGCUCACUGGGCUCGUUUACUUGCUGAAGGAUCCCAAGGAUCCGCUGCUGCAUAUUUAUCUGUUCGAAUGCGAUGCCGUCGAAGAGAUGGCCGAGCUGAUGCAUCAGAUGCGUGAUCCGGCGCACACGCUCGGCGGCUCGGUGGGCAGCAUACCGCAGACGCUGAUUGGCGGCGCCGCCGUCACUGGGGGCGGCACACAUGUGGGCGUGGUCAAUGGCGGGCUGCAUGCGACGCCGGCGAACAACUUGAAGAUGAGCGAGGCGCUGCGUCAGGCCACACACGAUGCCAGUCCCAAUCCGGUGAGCAGCCGCAUGAAGGCUUCCAAGUCGUACACACAUGGGCUGAGCAACUCGUCGGGUCAAGUGAACAUUCCCAGCUCGAACUCGGCGCAGAGCAAUCUCUCACUGCUGGCGGACAUCUCACCCAAUCACACGCACUUCUUCGAGGUCAUGUAUGUGGGCAAGAUACGCGUCAGCCAGAAGCGUGUGCCCAACACUUUCAUCGACGAUGCACUGCCCAAGUUCAAGGCCUACGAUGCGCAGCGCAUGCGGCUGCUGCAGAAUCGCAAAAUGUCGUUGAGCAGCGAAGGAGGCGUCGGCAUUGAAGCGAAGCCUGUGGCAGCGCCGCUUAAGAGUCACGAGCUCAAAGAGGAGGAUGAGGAGGAGCAGCAGCAGCAGGAACAGACGGCGCCCAAGCCAGCGCCGCAAGUGCAGCUGCAACUAACAGGCGUCGAGGCAGAUGCAGCGCCGCGUCCACUGGAGGACGACAAGGAGAACAAAUCACCAGCCAGGCGCGUGCUCAUGCGCGGCCAGUCCCAGCUGGAGCUGGGCCACAAAGAGUCCGCUGAGUCAACUGCAGAGGAGUCGUCAACAAUGCCACAGGAGGCGCCCAAUGUUAUUGUUAACAAACAGCCCACGCCGCCCAAGGAUGAGGGCGUGCUAACUGCGCCGGGUCAACUGCAUCCGCAUCAUGCGCUGGAGAACGCUCCCAAGCAGCGAGAUCGCUCCGCCUCGCAGGGCUGCAUACCGCCGUAUGCGGAGCAAAACCGCACCAUGGUCUUCUUGGUGGGACGCAGCGAUCUGCGCUUGAUAUCGCCCGAUCGCAAGCAGGUGCUGCUUUAUAAGGACUUCAAGGACGUGGCCAGCUGCGUGCAUGGCCAGAAGGCGCUGGAUCACUUUGGCAUCAUCUGCCGCGAGCUGAACAGCGAGGGCUACAUCGGCUAUGUCUUCAAGUGCCAGUCGGAGCACGUCUGCGAUGACAUUGUGGCCGCCAUUGCGCAGGCCUUUGACACGUGCGCCGAGCACGAGCAGAAGAAGCGCCAGGAGACGCAGAUCUUCAGCUGCGAGCAUUGCCCCAUGUUGUGGUACCACAAGCUCUGCACCGAUGUCGAGGGUCUGUCCGAGAAGAAGACGCAGGCGAUGAUCUGGCGGCGCAUCACAACGCUCAGCGAUGAUGAGCAGGAAAUGGUGUGGGCCAAGUACUGCGGCUCCGAGAAGACAAACUCGCCGCUGGCCGAACAGAAUCAGUUCCUCAUGAUGCUGCUGCGCGCCCACUGCGAGUCGCGCCAGCAGCGCCAUGUGCACGACACCGCCGAGAAUCGCUCCGAGUUCCUCAAUCAGUAUUUGGGCGGCAGCACCAUUUUCAUGAAGGCCAAGCGCUCGCUCACCAACUCCUUUGAUAAUCUGCUCAAGCGCAAGCCCUCCAAGGACGACAUUGCGGUGCCCUCGCAUCAGCUGCGCGACAUACGCGAAGGCUCCGCGGAGCGUGUGCUGGGCGCCAGCUCCGGCAACGAGUCGCCGCCCGAGGGCUUCCGCUCGCGCUCGAACACUGUGGGCGCGAGUCCGAGCAACAAGCCCAGCGCUGAUCAGCUCAAGAGCCCCAUGAUGGACAUUUUUAUGAAGGUGGGCAACAGUCCCAAGGAGGCGGAGACGCAUCAGGGCAGCUGGCGCCAGGCCAUACUCAACAGCGUGGUGACGCCCUCCAAGGGCAUGGGCCUGGACAACGAGGCCUCCAACGAGUUUCUCUCGCCCAUGCGCAAGCCUGCCAAGCGCGGCAAGCGGGAUGCGGCUGAGCUGCGCGAGCUUUGGCGCACGGCCAUCAGGCAGACGAUCAUGCUGAACCGCAUGGAGACGGAGAACGCCAUGCUGCAGGCGCGCCAGAACGAGAACGAGCUGAAGCGCAUCAAGCUGGACUACGAGGAGAUUGUGCCCUGCGACAAGCAGCUGAUCGAGCGCUGGGAGCAGAUCAUUGAGCGCAACUCGAUGCAGAUUGGCAACAAGAAGGACCCCAAGGUGCUGCGUCAUGCCAUACGCACGGGCGUGCCGCGCUCCAAGCGUGGCGAUGUCUGGACCUUCCUGGCCGAGCAGCAUUCGAUGAACACAGCGCCCGUGGACACGAAGCGUUUCCCCAACUUCAAUACGCCAUAUCAGACGCUGCUCAAGCAUCUCACCGAGCAUCAGCAUGCCAUAUUCAUUGACCUGGGACGCACGUUUCCCAAUCAUCAGUUCUACAAGGAUCCGCUGGGCCUGGGUCAGCUGUCGCUGUUCAAUCUGCUCAAGGCCUACUCCAUAUUGGAUCCAGAGCUGGGCUAUUGCCAGGGUCUGGGCUUCAUCUGCGGCGUGCUGCUGCUGCAUUGCGACGAGGCGAGCGCGUUCCAGCUGCUGAAGCAUCUCAUGUUCCGGCGCAACAUGCGCACCAAGUACCUGCCGGACAUGAAGAAGUUCCAGCUGCAGCUGUACCAGCUGUCGCGCCUGGUCAAGGAUCAUCUGCCCGAUCUGUAUGUGUGGCUGGAUCAGAACGAUGUGUCGCCCACGCUCUAUGCGGCUCCAUGGAUACUCACCGUGUUCAGCUCGCAGUUUCCGCUGGGAUUUGUGGCGCGCGUGUUUGACUUGCUGUUCCUGGAGUCCUCCGAUGUGAUCUUUAAGUUCGCCAUUGCGCUGCUGUCGGUGCACAAGCAACAGUUGCUGGCGCGCGACAACUUCGAGGAGAUCAUGGACUACUUGAAGUCGGUGGUGCCGCGCAUGGAGGCGGGCUGCAUGGAGAAGAUUAUGAAGCUGGUCUUUACGCUGGACAUUGGCAAGCAGCUGGCCGAAUACAAUGUGGAGUACAAUGUGCUGCAGGAGGAGAUUAGCACAACGAAUCAUCAUCUCGAGAUGCUCAACAGAGAAAAGUCACAGAAUCAGCAUCUGGAGCAGCAGCUGCAGUUUGCGCAAUCCUCCAUAGCACAGCUGGAGACGACGCGCUCCUCGCAGCAGACGCAGAUCUCGACGCUGCAGUCGCAAGUGCAGACGCUGGAGCUGACUAUACAAACGCUGGGCCGCUAUAUUGGGCAGCUGGUGGAGGUGAAUCCGGAUCUGGAGCUGCCCAGCGAGGUGCGACGCAUGCUGCAGCAGCUAGACGAUCUGGAUCGCCAGCGACGCAAGCCCAUCUUUGCCGAGCGUAAAAUUGGCAAAUCCAUUUCGGUCAACAGUCACUUGGGGUUUCCACUCAAGGUGCUCGAAGAGUUGAGCGAAAGAGACGAACCUGGUUCGCCACAAAAGCAGAAGAAGGAGAAGACACCUUUUUUUGAGCAGCUGCGUCACCAGCAGCAGCAGCACCACCACCAACAACAGCAGCGCAGUCAGAGCAUUGGACAACCGGAGCUGGCUCAGACUGCCACGCCCACGCCGCCGCCCACACGCCCCAAUCGGCUGCUGGACAGCGCCAGCGCACGCAGCGUAAUGCAAACCAAGCUGGACGAGCUCAAGCUGCCCGAGCAUGUGGACAAGUUUGUGGCCAACAUCAAGAGCCCGCUCGAGGUAGACUCUGGCGUUGGCACGCCCCUCAGUCCGCCCAGCACCAGCAGCAACAUUAGCAGCAAUAGCAACAUCAGCAGCAGCAGCAGCGCUGCUGGCAGCAUUUUCAGUCGCAUGGGCUACAAGACAACGCCCGCCGCGCUCUCGCCACUGGCCACACGUCAGAGCUACAUAGCGAUUACCACAGCGCCAGUCAUUGCGUCCAUGGAGCCCGUGCUGACCACCACUACGGCCAAGAGCACUCCGGAGUUGCUGCUUACCGAGGAGCCCACAGCCAUGAUGCAUCCACUGGGCAUGAUUGGCGGCGAUGUCAAUGUACGCUUCAAGGGCACCACACAGCUCAAGUCCAUUAGGCCGGUGCAUCACAUGCGCGCCAUCACCUUGUCCUGCGUGCCGCCGAGCGAUGAGAAUGCCACAGCCACGGGCGCCGCUAACGGGCGCAGCUAACGGUUCUGAUUCAUUGGCAAACUGUUGCGUGGCUUCUACCGGGAGAGCAUAACCGAGAGCAGGCCAGGAACAGUAGCAGAGCUAACGCUUCACAGUACAACUUAGUUGCAAGAGCAAAAGCUUGGGGAGAGCACCCCCAACCAAAGCAAAAGCUACAAAUUCUAUUUAGUUUGCAUGUUGCGCACAAAUCGUUGCCAUACAUAGAUACAUAUGUAUAUACAUAUAUGUUAACAAAACCAAUACAAAAACAAAAUGUAAAUCAUGCAGCCGCAAUGCUGCAAAUUGAGCGCAACUAAAGUUCAUUGUUAACCCAAACUUAAACUUAUAUACCAAAUAUAUAACUAUAUAUUGGCUAGCUGCUUUUGCAAACAUUUUUAUAAAUUGUUGCUAUACAAAAAUAUAAAUAAUUGGAUGAAUCCAUUCAGAUGUUGCUUGUAUGCAAAAAUAGAAUCUCUUGCUUUAAGUUUUGUUCUUAAUUUGUGACGAAUUUAAUUAGUUCUAUUUGUUGAAUUUCCUAUGUUUGUUUAUUUGCUAGUGCAUUAGUUUAAACUUAUGUUAUUGAUUUAUUUAUACACAUAUAUUUACUAAAAUUUAAACCAAUUGACCAGAUUCCGUUUGUGUACAUUAUGCAUAAAUAUAGAUUCAGCAUCUUCUUGUCAAAACUUUACUUGUCUGUUUAAAUAUAUAAAGAGAACUAUACACACACACACACACACACGCAUACUAAUAUAAGCGCAUACAUAUUACAUAUACAUGCAUAUAUAUGAAACUUAAUUGCUUCUUUGUUAAGUAAUCUUUGCUUAGUCGCGGGACUCAACGUUGAGCGUCCUGAACUUUUGUGUAGCUGAUUUGUGUUUAGUCAAUGAGUAAAACAAUUAUAUAAAGCAUCAAUAAAUACAAUAACAAUUACUUAAUCGGU